UUGCCGAGGCCGCCGCUGCGGCUCCUCCUCUCCCAGUCUUGGGUUUCCCUGGCACUGCUGCCUCAGUUACCUCUGCGGUCUAUAUGAGGUGGAAGAGGAGGAUGUGAAGAUGGCGGAGCUGCAGAUGCUGCUGGAGGAGGAAAUCCCGGGGGGCCGCCGGGCCCUCUUCGACAGUUACACGAAUCUGGAACGGGUGGCCGAUUACUGCGAGAACAACUACAUCCAGUCAGCAGAUAAGCAGCGAGCCCUAGAAGAAACCAAAGCCUACACCACCCAGUCCUUAGCAAGUGUGGCCUAUCUGAUAAACACCUUGGCCAACAAUGUUCUGCAGAUGCUUGAUAUCCAGGCGUCCCAGCUACGAAGGAUGGAAUCUUCAAUCAAUCAUAUUUCUCAGACAGUUGACAUUCAUAAAGAGAAAGUUGCAAGACGAGAAAUUGGUAUUUUGACUACCAAUAAAAACACUUCAAGGACACAUAAGAUUAUUGCUCCAGCCAACCUUGAACGACCAGUUCGUUACAUUAGAAAACCUAUCGAUUAUACUAUUCUAGAUGAUAUUGGACAUGGAGUAAAGGUGAGUACCCAGAAUAUGAAGAUGGGUGGGCUGCCGCGUACAACACCUCCAACUCAGAAACCCCCCAGUCCCCCAAUGUCAGGGAAAGGGACACUUGGGCGGCACUCCCCCUAUCGCACACUGGAGCCAGUGCGUCCUCCAGUGGUACCAAAUGAUUACGUACCUAGCCCAACCCGUAAUAUGGCUCCCUCGCAGCAGAGCCCUGUGAGGACAGCUUCUGUGAAUCAAAGAAAUCGAACUUACAGCAGCAGUGGGAGUAGUGGAGGAAGCCACCCAAGUAGUCGGAGCAGCAGUCGGGAGAACAGUGGCAGUGGGAGUGUGGGGGUUCCUAUUGCUGUUCCUACCCCAUCUCCUCCCAGUGUCUUUCCAGCCCCUGCUGGCUCUGCUGGCACUCCUCCCCUUCCUGCCACUUCUGCAUCUGCCCCUGCCCCUCUUGUUCCUGCUCCUGCCCCUUCCUCCACUGCCCCAGACGCUGCUGCUGGGGGUGCCCAGACCCUUGCUGAUGGCUUCACUUCUCCAACUCCCCCUGUUGUUUCUUCUACUCCCCCUACAGGUCAUCCUGUUCAGUUCUACAGCAUGAAUAGACCUGCCUCUCGCCAUACUCCCCCAACAAUCGGGGGCUCAUUGCCCUACAGACGCCCUCCUUCCAUAACUUCACAAUCAAGCCUUCAGAAUCAGAUAAAUGGAGGACCUUUUUAUAGCCAGAAUCCAGUUUCAGAUACACCACCUCCACCACCACCUGUGGAAGAACCAGUCUUUGAUGAAUCUCCCCCUCCACCUCCUCCUCCAGAAGAUUAUGAAGAAGAGGAAGCAGCUGUGGUUGAGUAUAGUGAUCCUUAUGCUGAAGAGGACCCUCCGUGGGCUCCAAGAUCUUACUUAGAAAAGGUUGUGGCCAUUUAUGAUUAUACAAAGGACAAAGAAGAUGAGCUGUCCUUUCAGGAAGGAGCCAUUAUUUAUGUCAUCAAGAAGAAUGAUGAUGGUUGGUAUGAGGGUGUUAUGAACGGAGUGACGGGUCUCUUUCCCGGCAAUUACGUGGAGUCCAUCAUGCAUUACUCUGAGUAAAGCUCAGCCGGGCUGUGCUUCCUCACGGCAAUAGUCAGGUCUUCCCAGACUGUCAGGAAGCCCCAGGAAUUCCCCUCCAGUGACAUGAAGGAAGGAUGCAAAUGAUAAACACUACUUAGGUUUUUUUGGUUUAUUCCCCAGUAUUAAAAAUUGAGCUGAGUCUGAACAAAUGGAUCUUUCUGCCAUUAUUUGUACUAUGCUGAGCCUUCUGGAUUGAAACAAAGUGACUUUCUGAAUGUGUCAAAGCUAUAACAACAUAACUAUGUAGCUAAAACCAAUCAGAGUAAGACUGAGUCAGAAAAAAUCUGGGAUCUUUCUCAGGAAUACUGUACAGUCUUGGGAUUUCUCCUCCUGCAGAACUUGUGGCAUUAGAUACUCUUCAGUGUCUGUGCUGAGGGCUUACUGCCCAGGUAGGUCCCUUAGCUCCGCACUUUAUUCAGCUUGUGUGAGGAGGAGGGACCCCGUUUCAAUACCACACUUAACCAUUUUUAUCAUUGUUUUGGAUGGCUUAUUUCUUCUUUAACAUUGUAAAUUCUACAUUCUGUCAGUACUUGAGUGAACCGGAUGAGCUGAUGCUGAAC